AUGACUCCGAAACAGUUGAUACCAUUCUUUGAUUCGCUGUCAUAUCACGUCCAUCAACAAGCAAUAUCUGUCAGUCUAGACAUAAAAAGCAAACUUCGACUGCAUCAAAAAGAAGCGAUCGACUUUAUUUUCCGAAGAGAAACAGGCCAAGUUCUUCCCGAGCGAAGUCUAUGGAAGUACAACGAUACAGACGCAGAGGAACCUUUUUACCAGCAUGUCUUCACUGGAGCAAAGCGGCCGGAACGAAUUGAGGCCAAGGGCGGCAUCAUUGCAGAUGAAAUGGGACUUGGAAAGUCGCUUAUCAUUCUAUCUACGGUAGCUAGCUCUCAUGAUCGUGCGUCGAGUUUUGUUGCUGCUGAAAGCCAGCCGGUUACACCUCAACCGCCAAGGAAACCACCGUCAAAAGCGACGCUCAUUAUUACACCAUCAUCACUUCUGAUCGAUACUUGGGUGGACGAAAUUCACAAGCAUGCUUACCCCGGAAAACUUCCGUUUCACAAGCAUCUUGGCUCGUCAAGGCACGCAGAAGCAAAUCUGCUUCGAGAACGAUUGGUGGUAUUUACCACAUACGCUACAGUAGCGGCCGAAUUUCGUCGCGGUGACACAACGCUGCAGAAGAUCAACUGGUUCAGAAUAGUUCUGGAUGAAGCUCAUGAUAUCCGAAAUUGUUCCACGAAGCAGUAUAAAGCAGUGACCAGUCUUUCGGCACAGCAUCGCUGGUGUCUUACCGGCACUCCUAUUCAGAAUAGCCUAGAGGGUCUUGCGGCACUUGUCUCUUUUCUAAAAGUGCCAAUACUGGAAAAGACGCAAACAUUUCGAAAAUUUAUUACGAACCCCAUAAACGCGACCUCGGACCGUCGUUUUCAGAACCUCCAGACAUUACUCCAGAGUGGCAGAAGAGAGAUCGACAUGGCAGUCAGUGGGCACAGAAAGAACAAAGCCCAUUCUGCAAUGCUCGAGUCGCUCCUCAAGCUACGAUUAUUUUGCAACAACGGCCCUGCAAGCGCUGUGCUACUCCCGGGGCCGAAUGGUCUUCCACAAGACUCAGACGAAGCACUAACGUUUCUCCAGCAAUGCGAUGAGAACAUUUGCUGCUACUGCUCUGGAAUCAUAUACUCUAUUAGUAGUGCGGCUGAUGCUGAUGGAGAGCUAUUGUCCGAUGUCCGCCAGAGCCUGAAUCACAAGAGCAUAAUAUUCUCGUGCUGGAAGAAGACGCUUGGCCUUGUCAGUCAACUUUUGGAUAGCCAUGCCGUACAACACGCCAUGAGAGAUGGCUCACUUGCCUUGGCUGAACGCAGCAAAGUGCUGAAGGACUUUCAAUCUCCCACAGGCACCAAUAUUCUGUUAAUGACACUAGGCACUGGUGCAGUUGGUUUGAACCUUGCGGUUGCAUCACGUAUCUACCUUCUAGAGCCACAAUGGAACCCAUCUAUCGAGUCCCAAGCAAUUGGAAGGGCGUUUCGACUUGGCCAGAAGGAUCAAGUCGUCAUUAUCCGAUACGUCAUGAUGCAUACUGUCGAGGAAGUCCGUGGUGCUGACGAUUCGCAGAGCAAUGUUUUAUCUCGCCAGAGAAGAAAGCUUGAGCUAGCGGGCGGUGGCUUUAGCAAGGAGAAGGACAUGAUGUCUGAAAGGUUUCAAGCACUGCUAGACAUCUUCGGCGUUGAUCAAACCUCAGAGUCGAGACAUCACUGA